AUGCGAGUGACCCCGUCGGAAGUGAAAUUUCUGGACGCGCUGGCAGGGAGGGUCUACCGCCUCCCAGUUACCGUACACAAUCUCGGCCGAAGCAACCAGAAAAUCCGUUUUCAGGAGCCUGUCAAGCCACAGUUCAAACUGAUUUUGACCAGUGUGGAUAAAGCACUUGCUUCUGGCCUUCAGACAACAGCUGUGGUGGAAUAUCAUCCUGAUAAGAAUGAAGACAUGUGUGACCAACUUCUUAUUUCAGUAGGAAAUAAAACAAUAGAGAUCCCUCUAAUUGGGUUGAUUCCAUCAUGUCAAUUGGAAAUUGAGCCCGAAGUUAAUUUUGGGACUUUGGUUGCCUGCAGUAAAGUGUAUUGUAAAGAGAUUAGUAUCAUUAACCAUGGCAGUGUGCCAGGUAUCUUUAAAACAGAAUACCAGGGCCAACUACCCAUUGUCAUUUUUCCAACCAGUGGUGUUGUGAAGCCCAAGUCAUCAAUGGUUAUUAAAGUGGAUUUUUGUGCAGACCAGCCCAUAGUUGUAAACGAAUUGGCAAAAGUGAGUUUGCAAGAUCGUCCAGACAUAUUCUUGAAUAUCAGAGCCUGUGUGGUUGAGCAGAUUAUUGAAUUGUUAAACAUAAAUAAUGAUAGAAAGUUGGAAUGCAUAAGCUUUGGUUCUGUUUUCUUUGGAACGUCAAAGAUUGAACGUGCACUUCUGUACAAUAAUAGCCCAGAACCUAUAAAUUGGGUAGCCAUAAUGCAAGAUGAUUCCGUUGGAGAAGAAUUGGGUACAAAUAUUAAACAAAGAACAGAUGUUGCUUUAAAUAAUCUCGCCUACUUAAGGAAAAUAAAGAGCAUAGAUAUUACCACAAUUAUCUCCUGUGUUCCUAAUGAAGGGAGGUUACUACCUUAUCAAAAGAUUUUAAUUACGUUUUGUUUCAGCCCAAAGUUAAUCAUUGAUGGUCAAAAGAAUGAUCCUACACAUAGGCAAGACUAUGCUGUUUUCUUGAGAUUUGAGUCUGUAGGAACUAAAGAUGGAUUUUUGAGAGAUGAUAAUCAAAUCAUCAAAAGUGACUCAUUUCAGAAAGUGGAAUUAGCCCUGACAGGCUCAGGACUUCCAGUCUUACUUCAGUUUGAUCCUGGAAGGGUUCUUACGUUUGCACCUUGUUUCAUGGGUGGACAUUCAGAGAUUCAUUGUGUUAUGCAAAAUCGAUCCAAAUCCCUUCCUCUGAUGUACCACUUUAAAAAAACUGCACAUUUUAAAAUUGAUCCUCAAAAGGGCAAGAUUGAUGAAGGAUGUAUGCAGAAUGUGACAUGUUCAUUCAUUCCACAUCAAGUUGGAGUCUUUAAAGUGAAGCAAUUUAUAGAGAUUAUUGGCUCAGUGGCAGAUGAAAAUUUGCAGUCUUCAUCACUGAAGCCUUUCCAUCAGAUAUAUUUAUAUUUUAAUAGUGUCUGCAAGCCUUCCACCAAGAAAGUUGUGAUGAAAGUUAAUCCUGGUCUAUCCCCUUUGGUCAGUAAUCCUACGGGACAGUUUGUGGUGAAAGACUUGGUGCAGUACAAGAACCAUGCACCUGUUGCGAUGCUUCAGUCAACCAUGACACACAUUCACAAUCAUAAGAUAAAGAAAGAGUUAAUAAAGGGUGCACUGAUAGCCUUUCCCAACGACCGAGCUGCAAGUAUCCGGUCUGGAGAAGACCAUAAAAAUUUCAGGACGAUUUUCACAAAGAUUCCAAGAUAUAACUAUGUGGAUCCUGAUUUUGCAUAUACUAAAUUUGAAAAGAUAGAAAAGAAAUCUCAUGAAAAAUAUUAUGCAGAAUACAUUAAAUAUUUAAGAAAUGUGCGCCUGCAGAAAGAAGCACGCAGGAAGUGCAUAUACUCAUAUAAUGACAUAGACAUAGGAUUGCAUCCUGCAUCUGGUCUAAAAUCACCCACUGUCUCAGAAGUGGAAAUGGAAGAGGAGUUAUCUUCAGCACAGUGUUGGAUCAAACACAACCAAUUGCUAUGUACCAGAAAUAUAGCAUUCAAGGAGACAAAGUCUCUGAGAAGAAAGGUUCUUAAAGGACUUAAAUCAGACCCAUCCACACCCCAUGAAAAACAUGAUUGCAGCUUAAUUUUGACACCAAAGCAAAUUUAUCAAGUAAUUGUUGGGCCCUCUGUCCUUAACUUUGGUGAUGUUUGUGCGAACUCAACAAAUACUCAUUUACUACAUAUUAUUAAUAUGCUACCAAUUCACAUUCUGAUCCAAUUAGAUGUCAGUUUGGAAGAACUUCAGAAAACUAACCAAUUUUCAUAUGUGAUUCCACCUACAACUAGUACUUGUAUUUCAAUGAUAUUUGAAUCUCCCACCAUUGGAAAAUUUUGGAAGUCUUUCACGUUCACAGUGAACAAUAUGCCUGGUGGACACAUCCUAGUGAUGGCAGUUGUCCUGCCAGUAAGACUUGAGCUAUCUUCUAAUGAGCUGAUACUGAGACCACAAGGCUUCUUGGUGAAAUCAUGUUUUAGGGGGACGGUGAGGAUGUAUAAUCGUCAGAAUUACUUUGUCAAGUUUAAAUGGCAACCGAUAAAUACAGGAAAGGGGAUGGCAUUUUCCAUUCGUCCAGCUAAAGGCACUGUUGAACCAUACUCCUCAUUGGAAUGUGAAGUAGCAUGGCAGCCGGGUUUUGAUUCUCCAGAAAGGGGAGAAUUUAUUCUUCAUGUCAGUGAAGGAAACACGCUGACACUGAAAUGUCUUGCACAUGUAAUGACUUCCUUUUAA